GCGCGCCCCCGAGCGUACACAAACUCCGUGUGCUUGCCACACAGUUGUCAUCUUGAACAUGCCACAGAAAUUAUAGACGCUAUGCGAUGCAUUGUUUCUCACCGACGACGAUGAAAAAAUCCUGAGCGCGAUUUCAUCGGUGCACGGGCAUUAACAUGCCGAACUUUGGGCUGGUUUUGAAGGAAGUGAGCUUUUGGGUUCCGGUGACGAACUGCUUUUAAUUUUGGCUGUCAGGAAACUCGCUGCGCUAAAGAUUCAUUCUAGCAUCUGCUGCUUAUCUUCAACAACAUUACGAGAACGCCUGGACUAAUGUCGCCUCAAGAGCCCCUCUCCUGCCUAACAUUACUACAUCCGCUCGUGCGUCCGUCUGGGAGCGCAUUUCUCGCACUUUUUACGAGUUUUAACUUUCGCUGAGUUUAGCCGUCAUCAACGGAAAGAGGAAUUUGUUCAAGCAAGGCGCACGCUCUUUUGUGCAGAUCCUCGACAGUGCGACUCCUGUGCAGUUUUCCUCGUACGUUUUUCGCUUUUACUUCGGUGAAGUGGAUACAUGAAGGCUGCUUUCACAGUCACAUGCCUUCAUUCAUAAUCAUUUGCCGCACAAUAAUGCGGAGGCUGUCCAUGCAUGGAGCUGAGGGCUCGUUUUCUUGUUUAUUUGGCUUUACAAAGUUGUUACGCACAGGAUUCAUUGACACAGACGGACUGUUACCGAUUCGCCUUUCGAUAGAAAAGUGAAAACUGUAGGUUUGUGCCGUGAGCUGGCCAGACAUCGACGGAGAGGGAAAAUAUGCAAACCUGGCAGGAAAAGAAGCCAUCAAAAUUACGGAAAUCCCUUCUUUUCCUCCGGUCUGCUAUUACGAAUGCAGUCUGUGUAAGCAGCUCGCGUAUAUCUGCACCAUUUGUGUGAUUUUUAUACAUUCUAAACCUUUUGGACGUGAAGUUUAUUAUUCAGAUUUGCUUUGAACUCUCCAUGCAAUAGUCAUUAUGCUGUCUACACAAAGCUAUACAUAUAUGGACGAAACGUCAAUAUCUUCGUAGUCACUAGAUUGCUACUUUCUCUCAGCAUAAACUGGAAAUUACGUGUGUGUUAAGAGGUCUCUUCUCUUGAAUGGUCUGAGGAAUAAGUUUGAUGGGUGAUAUGGGAGACCCUCAGGGGUCCGCUCGCCUGGAAGCUCUUUAGCAAUGGCAGCGGCCUGGAAAUCUGUGGACAGUCACAUUACAUUAACUGUUACGUUUGUCUUCACGAUAUACAUCGAGUUCCUGAAGACAGGACAAAAAGUGAUUCUGUGAAGAGCCCUCUUUCACCUGCGUUAAGUUCAGGCCAUUAAUGGGUGACACUAGAGGACAGUGUGUGUGAGGACCUUCAAACCUGAACUCUCAUCAAGAGCACACACAAUCAUACCGCCAAAAUGAAUGAGAGACAGGCUCUUCAUUCAAUUAUGAAGGAUCUGGUGGCACUGCAGAUGACCAGGCGCCAGUCGGCGUCAACUUAUGACACGGCAAAACCUAAACCCGUCAGCACUGCCAGCUCUUCCAAAAGAAUGGAGGAUGUCAGGAUUAAGUUUGAGUUCUGUGGUGAACGAAGGAUUCUGAUGUUUGGGCGGCCUGUGCAGUUUGAGGAAGUCCAGCAGAAAGUCAAAACAUUCUUCGGUCAGCCGUUAGACCUGCAUUAUAUGAAUAAUGAGCUGUCCAUUCCCCUGCGUGAUCAGGAUGACUUGGAUAAAGCCAUUGAUCUGUUGGACCGCAGCUCAAACAUGAAGAGCAUCAAGAUCAUGCUGCUGACACAGGAACAAAGCAAUGCCUCUUCUCCAUCUCAUCACACAUUGUGUAAGCAGGUUCGCAUCAAAACCUCUCAGUCCACCGGUGAUGUCAGUACUGCCUACCAAUCCUCAGAAACAAGAGGACGCCACCACUCCACCAGCUCUCAGAACACUGGCCGAAGUUCUCCGCCCCCUGGUUAUGUUCCUGAGUGCCAACAGCGAAUCGCACGUCAGGGAUCGUACACUAGCAUCAACAGCGAGGGGGAGUUCAUACCUGAAACCAGCGACCAGUGUGUGCUGGAUUCUUGGAGCAGUGCAGAAAACUCUGUGUCUGGCAGCUGUCAGUCAUUGGACAGCAACUCUGACAGUCCCUCACUCAGGAAACCUCGUACACACAGGGUUAAGAGUCACCCUGACAACCGACAGGACUGUGCAGACCGGGAAAACUAUGUAUAUGAUAAGAUUGUAGGGAAGGGAGGGACGUACCCUCGCAGGUAUCAUGUGUCGCUGCAUCAUAAAGACCACAGUGAAGGUCGACGGACAUUCCCACGGAUCCGCCGUCCCCAGGGAAACUUGUUCACGUUGGUGCCAUCGCGGCGUUCACUGAACGGCAGUGAGGAGAGUUUGGGGAGCUGGCAGCUGGUUGAUACUCAAGCCAGACUCCGCCCACAGGACCGCCCAGUCCCUCAUAAGUCUCCUACAGCUCCAGUGACGUGGCGCAGGGGGAAGUUGCUGGGUCAGGGUGCUUUUGGAAGGGUUUAUCUGUGCUAUGAUGUGGACACAGGCAGGGAACUUGCAGCAAAACAGGUUCAUUUUGACCCUGCCAGUCCAGAGACCAGCAAGGAGGUGAGUGCUUUAGAGUGUGAGAUACAGCUGUUGAAGAACCUGCAUCACGAGCGAAUUGUUCAGUACUACGGUUGCCUUAGAGACCAUAAUGAGAAGACCCUCACCAUUUUCAUGGAGUAUAUGCCUGGGGGUUCAGUCAAAGACCAGCUGAAGGCUUAUGGGGCUUUGACAGAGAAUGUGACACGCAAGUAUACCAGACAAAUUCUGGAGGGCAUGUCCUACUUGCACAGCAACAUGAUCGUCCACAGGGACAUCAAAGGUGCCAACAUCCUGCGAGAUUCAGCCGGCAAUGUGAAGCUGGGAGAUUUUGGUGCCAGUAAGAGGCUUCAGACCAUCUGCAUGUCCAGCACUGGGGUCCGUUCUGUUACUGGAACGCCGUACUGGAUGAGCCCAGAGGUCAUCAGCGGAGAGGGGUACGGCCGGAAGGCAGACGUUUGGAGUCUAGGCUGCACUGUGGUGGAGAUGUUGACAGAAAAGCCCCCGUGGGCUGAAUUUGAGGCUAUGGCAGCCAUAUUUAAGAUUGCCACUCAGCCCACCAACCCCCAGCUGCCCUCUCACAUCUCCGAGCACACGCGGGACUUCCUCCGCUGCAUCUUCGUGGAGGCCAAAUACCGGCCGAGUGCAGAAGAGUUGCUCAGACAUCCCUUCUCCCAGAUCUUGUGCUGAGGUUUCCCUCUAGCUGCUUCCACGGGUUAAAAACCCUAUUUUUUCUUGUUAAAGAGUGAUAAGCUCAGUUUCAAAGGCAAUCUGCAUUUCCACAGCAUGUGACCUGCCAGCACCCAAUCAGGGUUGUCGCCAGGAUUAGGUAAAAAAAACUGGUUUAUUCUCUAAUGGCUUGAAAUGUGAUGUCUUUGGGACAGCAGGGGGCGCUACAGGACUUUCGUGAUGCACAUGCUCUUCAUUACAGAAAUAAACAGAUUGAUGGUGUCCCAGGAUUAGCAGACGCAACAGACAUGAUACUGUUUGAGCCACUGAGCUGCUUCUUACAACAACUGCCAAAUGUGCCUUCUAAAGCCGACAGGGUCAAUCUCACUGACCCCUGAAUGAGUUUUUCAGACAUCAAGAAAGUGUCCUAGUAAUGAAUGUUUCAUACAGUCCACAGCAGAGUUAUGAAGUCAGUGUUUUUAUGUGCCAUUUCCCCUUCCACACGGAAUCCCGUGUGCGCCCAUUGUCUCUAUGACUCCAGGCACUUAGUGUUAAAGGAAACGUAAUAAUUGUGUCCCGGUUUGUUCCUGCCUCAGAUGAAUGAGGGUCAUACGCACGUCUCGAAUGGUUUGCAUUCGUGAUUAAUCGUAUAUAUAUAUCGAUUAAUCUUCAUCGAAUUGCACUUCCUUGAUUUAUAGUUUAUAAGAACUUUUUUAGUCUGUUACAGAAAGCAGCUUAUUCUCGUUUUUUGACUGAGGUCAGAUGCCGAGGGUCAGGGCAUGAGGUUAUAGUGGUUGAAGUUUAAUACGUAAUUUUGUACCGCAGUAGUGCCUUAUAGCAGUGGUUCCCAACCCUGGUCCUGGAGG